AUGCAAGAUCUUAAGCAGCGAACACUAGAGAAAAUCCAAUUUCUAAAGGACAACGGAUACAAUGUCGUACAGAUUUGGACGUGUGAUAUUGAGCGUCAACUUCCCACCGAACCCGAGAUGAAGGAUUUCUUCGACAAUUUCGAAAUAUUUGAGCCUCUAGAACCUCGUCAUGCGUUCUUUGGUGGUCGUACAAACGCCUUUACUACGACGUCCAGCCAGAAGAGAAGAUCCGCUACGUGGAUUCUGCAGCCUCUACCCAUGUUAGCAACUUUUAACUCAAACGUGCUUGUCGUUAACCUUGUUAAGCAAUUUUUAGGUGUAACAAAUACAGCGAGUAUCCUGUUGGCCAUCCCGAGAUUAUUACUGAGAACUUUCAACCUAUCAGUGACUACUUUGGUUUGGUGAAAUGUUCUGUGCUUCCCCCUCGUGCCCCAUACCACCCCGUCCUCCCUUACCGUACUCAGGGUAAAUUGAUGUUCCCGUUAUGUCGUACCUGUGCCGAUAACCUUAAGCAAGAGCCCUGUCAUCACAGCGACGCCGAGCGAACACUUCAUGGGACGUGGGUGACUUUGGAACUUCAAAAAGCACUAGAGAAAGGCACUUCCCCGAGCAUACAGAUUGACUGUUUGAGGACUAUAUUGACACAUUCUUCAAAAUCAAGCAAGAGGUAAGGUUUCAUGACAUGUGUGAUACUGUCACAUCAUUAGUUUCUUAUUACUCCUUUCUCUUUUGCAGGCGAGUGGCUUUCCUCCGGAAUGUGACACCGACGAGAAGAAGGAGCAGUACAUCGCUGACUACGCAACAAAAGAAGGUAUUCAGCUGGAUCCAAGACAGAUUGUCAAGAAUCCUGGUCUGAGGGCGUUGGCGAAGCUCAUGCUGAACUCUUUUGGGC